UCCCAAGUGUCACAUGCACAUUUCCAACGCAUUUCUCAAAAACCAACCACCGGUAAUAGAAGCUUCCGGUAGAAGAAGAGACCGUUGGUUUCAAGCCGUCGAUUCGAAGAGUGACAGAGUCUCACUGAACAUGGACAUGGAUAUUGACGAAACAGCCAAAGGCGAAGAAAAACACGGAAAGCCAAUCGUGGUAAUAUUGAUGGGCGCACCUGGAAGCGGCAAGUCCACCUUCUGUGAACAAGUCAUGCGCUCCUCUACCCGUCCCUGGGUUCGCGUCUGUCAGGACACUAUCAAAAGUGGUAAAGCUGGAACCAAAGCUCAGUGUAUAGAGAGUGCAAUUAAUGCAUUGAAGGAUGGGAAGAGUGUGUUUAUAGAUAGAUGCAAUCUAGAGAUAGAACAACGCAAUGAGUUUGUUAAGCUUGGUGGUCCCCAGGUUGAUGUUCAUGCUGUGGUGCUUGAUCUUCCUGCCAAGCUUUGUAUAUCGCGGUCUGUGAAGCGAACGGGCCAUGAAGGAAACUUGCAAGGUGGGAGAGCUGCUGCGGUUGUGAAUAGAAUGCUGCAAAAGAAAGAACUGCCUAAACUGAGUGAAGGGUUUGCUAGAAUCACUUCUUGCCAGAAUGAGAGUGAUGUUCAAUCUGCCAUCGAUGCAUAUAGUGGACUUGGUCCUUUGGAUACACUUCCCAAUGGUUAUUUUGGCCAGAAGAAUCCCGGUGCCAAAAUUCAACUCGGCAUAAUGAAGUUCUUAAAGAAAACAGAUGCUCCUGCUAGUUCUGAAUCAAUUUGGAAAAGUAUUCCGGAUUCUAAUGCUUCUCAAAUUACUGAAGAGAAGGAUGCCUGUUUGAAAGGAACAGGUUCAUUAUCUGAGAAUGCUGGUAGGGAGUUAAAGGAAGGUGAAGAGCCAGUUGUCGGCUCAGCUGGCAGCGAUGUUUCUCUUAAGGAUGCUCCUACUCUGGCAUUUCCCUCUAUAUCAACAGCAGACUUUCAAUUUGACCUUGAGAAGGCAUCUGACAUUAUUGUUGAGAAAGUCGCAAAGUUUGUGAAUAAGCUUGGAAAUGCUAGACUUGUUUUAGUGGACUUGAGUCAUAAAUCAAAGAUUUUGUCUUUGGUUAGGACUAAAGCUUCAGAUAAGAACAUUGAUUCCAACAAGUUCUUCACAUUUGUAGGAGAUAUCACUCGGCUUCAUUCAGAAGGGGGUUUACACUGCAAUGUAAUAGCUAAUGCUGCUAAUUGGCGACUCAAACCUGGAGGUGGAGGUGUCAAUGCUGCAAUUUUCAGUGCUGGAGGUCGAGCUUUGGAGGUUGCAACCAAAGAGCAGGCCAAAUCUCUGCUUCCUGGGAAUGCUGUGGUUGUGCCUCUCCCUUCAACUUCUCCACUGUUUUGUAGGGAAGGGGUAACCCAUGUCAUACAUGUUGUUGGACCCAACAUGAACCCACAGAGACCAAAUUGUCUGAACAAUGACUACAUCAAAGGCUGCAAAGUUCUCCAGGAGGCUUACACUUCACUUUUUGAAGGUUUUUCGUCAAUUGUAAGGUCCCAAUCGAAGUUACCCAAGGGAAGCAUUGAAAACCUUCAGUCAAAGAUGACAGAGUCACAAGAUCACCCUGACGGUAUCCCUAAAGAUCAUUUUACUAACAGUGAUCAAAAGAAUAAGAGAAAGGAUCUUCAUAAAUCUGAGAGGAGCAAAAGAAGUAAAGGAUAUCGGGAUGAAACUGACGAUGCCUCUGAUUCUAAUGCUGGUAAAGUAAACCUGAGCAACAAGUCUGAUGGAAGCAGGACUAAAUCCUGGGGUUCAUGGGCUCAGGCUCUCUACAACAUUGCUAUGCAGCCAGAGAAGCACAGGGAUGCUGUACUAGAGAUAUCCGAUGAUGUUGUUGUACUGAAUGAUCUUUAUCCAAGGGCACAAAGGCAUGUUCUGGUGGUGGCACGAUAUGAAGGUCUUGAUUGCCUGGCAGAUGUACGUAAAGAACACCUUCAGUUGUUAAGGACAAUGCAUGCUGUUGGUUUGAAGUGGGCUGAGAAGUUAUUGCAUGAUGAUUCAUCAUUGGUCUUUCGGCUUGGAUAUCACUCGGAACCGUCAAUGCGACAGCUGCACCUGCAUGUUAUUAGCCAGGAUUUUGAUUCAACACAUUUGAAGAAUAAGAAACAUUGGAACUCCUUUAAUACUGCUUUCUUUCGAGACUCUGUGGAUGUAAUGGAGGAAGUGAGUAGUAAUGGAAAAGCAAUACUAAAAGAUGAGGACCGCAUGUUGUCCAUGGAGUUGCGAUGUCACCGGUGUAGAAGUGCUCACCCCAACAUACCCCGAUUAAAAUCACACGUUACAAACUGUCGAGCCUCUUUUCCAAGCACCCUGCUCCAACAGGGUCGUCUAGUGCUCACGCCAUGCAAUGUCAGAAUUGAUGCGUAGGUGUGGCACCAGCCAUUGUAUCUCGUCCAAAUUUUGUUGUAUAUAAACAACAGAUGCUUUGUGAGUGGCGAAACUGGUAUUGCAAUGAGAUGCUUGGUAUGGUUUUUCAAGAUUCUCAGUUCUCACAAAUUUCUCUGCCCGUGGAGGGCCAUGAGAAAGUGUAUUUUCAUAGCCCAAGGAACAUUUGGCUAGCGGCUACAUAUGACUUCCAAUUGCCCCAUGGUAUUCUCAUGCAUGCAGCAUGUUAGUUUGGCUGUCGACUUGACUCAAUGAAUGAGCUAAAUUAGCUGAACUCAAGAGAAAAAGAUGCGGGAAUUCCAAUUUU